UAUCAUGAGCUUCUGGGAACGUCACAAGCACAACAUUUACAAGUACGGCCACAUUUAUGCCACUCUCUAUGGUCUGAUGGUCAUCAAUUACAUACCUCAACGUUCGACUAACACGUUCGCGUAUCGGCUCGCUAAUAUUUAUGGUCACGCGCUUAGCAUUUGUCUCAUUGUGGUGUUGCCAAUUUAUUUUGUGCGCAACAUUUCCGCACUCACCGCGGCCCACGAUCAGCGGGGUCAACUAUUGCAGCUCGUCAAUUUCGCAAACACACUGCUGAAGUACAUAACUGUUGUUGUGACGUAUAUUGCAAACUUCGCACAUUACGCAGCCAUACGCGCUGUCACCAGAGAGCGACAGCAACUCGAAGAUGAUUUCGAUGGUAGUUUACGUGCAGCAACGGGUUACGACGAGCAUCCGCGACGUCAAUUCGAGGCAAUGCUGCUCUUUAAGUUCGCCCUCAUCAACGCUAUGAUGGUCGUACAGGUGGGCAAUAUACUCUUUCAGCACUUUACGGGCGCACAUUCAGUGCGUGUCUACAUUGCCAUCUACACAUUUGUGCUGUGGAAUUACACCGAAAAUAUGGCUGACUACUUCUACUUCAUCAACAGCAGCGCAUUGAAGUUUUACCAGCAACUCAAUCAGCAGCUGCGACAGGUGGUGCGCGAGGCUAAGCUGUUACACUAUUUCCGACUGUGCGGUCAACGACGCGGCACAGUGCCGCAUUUUUGUGGCUUAUUGUGCGACCGUCUGGAUACGUUGGUCCAGCGUUACCAGCAAAUUAAUCGGCUGUACCAAGACAGCUUGACUAUGCAUCAGUUCCAAAUACUCGGUAUGGUCUUCAUCACGCUCAUCAGCAAUCUCACCAACUCAUUUAUACUCUUCAAUCUCUUCGUAAAGCAUUCAGGGGCAAGCGCCUCACCAGCCAUAGUGCUGAAUGCGCUGCAUGCCAUUAUCUUCUACGUGGACACAUACAUUGUGGCGCUAGUCAGCGAGAACAUCAGCCUGGAAAUGCAGAACAUUAAUCAAACCUUGCGGCAGUUCAAUCAGUUUAGCAUGCUGGAUGUGCGCCUACAGCAGACGCUGGAAGCUCUCACUCUUUUCGUGAUGAACAAUAAAGUGGAGGUGCGUAUCUGUGGCCUCUUCGUGUUGGACCGGAGACUCACAUAUCUGACGGCGGCCACCGGAUUGUCAUACUUCAUAACGCUCGUGCAGUUCGAUUUGAAUCUGACGUAGCGCGUUAAAGAAAUUUAAUUUUGAAACACGGUAACAUUAAACCACUACUUUGUACAUAUUUCUGUGUAACUUACUUGAGGCUGCUUC